AUGCCAAAGGCAAUGCUAGAGACUGGUUCGAAUACUGAAAAAGUUGAGGAAAGUGAAAGUGAUAAUUUGACUAUUGAAGAUAAAAGGUCAUUGAUUAGGCGGGAUCCCUCAUUCUCGGGCUGGAGUGAAGAGGAUGGGAACAUCCAUCCAUCUCUAUCAGAAAAUGAGGAUGUAAAUUCAGAGGACUUCAAUUUUGAACAGACUUUGGUACAGCGGAGUGCGUUGGAAAAUGCGUAUUUAGGGGGAGAGAAACACCAUUCAAGUAAGCUUCAGAUAAGGAUGGAUAGUAGUAGUGAUAUGGAUGAUGCAUCGACUAAUGAUUUGAGAAACGGGAACAAGAAUUAUGAGCCCUUUGAUGUUGAAAAUGAUCACAGAUAUUCUAGUACUGGGGCAAAUGGCUCUGAUUAUAUGGAUUACCAUGGUACAUCGAAGUCAAAUUCGAAGAACUCUAUUUCUGUUGCUGAUCUUCUGAAAACUUUGUUUUUUAUACUCAUGUGGUACACAUUCAGUACAUUCUUGACGCUGUAUAAUAAAACUCUAUUAGGGGAUCAUCUGGGGAAAUUCCCUGCUCCCUUACUGAUGAAUACUAUACACUUUACAAUGCAAGCUGUUUUGUCAAAGGCCAUUACUUGGUUUUGGUCUGAAAGAUUUCAACCCUCUGAUAUGUCAUGGAGGGAUUACUUUAUGAGAGUUGUACCAACGGCCCUCAGCACUGCAAUGGAUGUUAAUCUGAGCAAUGCAUCACUUGUUUUCAUCUCUGUUACAUUCGCCACUAUGUGUAAAUCAGCCGCACCAAUAUUUCUUCUUAUUUUUGCGUUUGCAUUCAGACUGGAGUCUCCAAGUGUUAAGCUGCUUGGUAUCAUGUUAGUCAUCUCUGUUGGAAUAUUAUUGACAGUUGCAAAGGAGACGGAAUUUGAAUUUUGGGGUUUUAUCUUCGUUAUGCUUGCUGCUGUUAUGUCUGGUUUUCGCUGGACAAUGACUCAGAUCCUUCUUCAGAAAGAAGUAUAUGGUCUCAAAAAUCCACUCACUUUAAUGAGCUAUGUGACCCCAAUAAUGGCGAUUUCAACUGCUCUACUUUCUCUUAUAUUGGAUCCAUGGCAUGAAUUCAGAACGAGUGAUUAUUUUGACAGCUCAUGGCAUAUUACAAGAAGUUGUUUUCUGAUGUUGUUUGGUGGAACUUUGGCUUUCUUCAUGGUAUUAACAGAAUACAUUCUGGUAUCAGUAACUAGUGCAGUAACAGUAACAAUAGCAGGGGUUGUCAAGGAGGCUGUCACCAUCUUGGUUGCCGUUUUCUAUUUCCACGACGAGUUCACCUGGUUGAAAGGGGUUGGUCUUGUGACGAUAAUGGUUGGUGUCAGUUUAUUUAACUGGUACAAGUACCAGAAGUUGCAGAAGGGCGAGGUAAGUGCAGAUGGAAUGGGAGGUUCAACAACAGAUAAUUCACCGUCAAAGUAUGUUAUUCUCGAUGAGAUGGACGAGGAAGAAGAUAUCCCUGGAGGUAUUAGUUCUAAUACUAUAGGAUUCCCUCGGCUUGUCUGGGCUGAUAAUGGAAAUAAUCCAUUCAGGAUCAAUGCAACCUUGAAACUCACAUCAGCAGGACAAUGGCUGGAUGUACUUGACAAGUGCAGUGAAGAUAUGCAGUCUCAUGGAGCUGAAGUUUUUAUGCAGGUGGCGGCUGGUGUUGAGGGUUCUAAAGAAGUUGAAAACACCAGGAUUAUGAUUUCAUAA